AAGGCACUAACAUGGCUUCCACUUCUACUCUCAAGACUCGGUGUUUCUCAUUCGCUCUCCUUCUCUUCUCCACGACCUUCGUCAAGUCAGAUGACAGUACCGUAGGCAUUGUCGCGAAAGCAAUGGCAUGUUUCGACAAUAAUGUGGUGUAUAGCAAUUGCCAAGAAUCAUAUAGACUGAGUGCGGCGGGGACAUUCAAUGUGCCUCUAGAGGCGACCGAUGACUUCUGUGGUGGUCCAUGCCUCUACGAGACAAAGCUAUUGCUUUCGUGUGUUGAUCACAUACUAUAUAAUUUCAGAUUCUACAACGGUGCAUCCGUGGGAGUUGUCAAGUACACCCUCGAUGAAGGUUGUGGCCAUACGAGUAAGAGAGGAGAUUUUAAUGUUGCUGAACAUUUGGGUGAGAAUCCUUUCUCAUAUGGCUAUGGCAAUGGCUAUGGCUAUGGCCAUGCUAACAAGAUUGCAGUUCCGAUCUACUUGUUGAUACUCUUCAGUGUUUUGCUUCUUAUGUGAAGUUACCGAUAUUAUGACGAGUAAAUUCUAUCCCCUCCCAACGACCA